GGAACUAUUUCUUAGCGAGUCGGACAUGAAUAGAGCUCCUGCUCCAGUAUAUCCUGCAGGUCACUGCACUCUUGAAAUCAUUAAUCAACGCGACUUUCCGCAGCUAAAAUGUCUCAAGCGAAAAUUAACGCCAAAAUGAACGAUGCGUCUAAAGGCAAAUUCAGCCGAACCAUUUCGAUGGCAGACCGGACCGGACGGCUACUGGAAAAUCUGGAUCAAAUCGAAAUGAGGGUGGAGGCUCUCCGCGAGGCGGCCACUGCUAUGGAGCAAGAGAGAGAGUGUUUAAUUGAGAUCAUCCAGUCGAUACAGAACAGUCAGGAAAUGAGGACCAUUUGUGACGGGGAAAGGGAAGAGCUCUCACUGACCGCCGAUAGACUUAUGGGCAGGACAUUAACGGUGAAUGUUUCAGUUGAUACGAUCCGAAACCCCCAACAGGAAGAGGCCUUGAAUAAAGCCACAGCCAUUAUUGAUGAGAUUGCUUCUCAAGUGCUUGAUAACAUGGAGGGGGCUCGAAUGAGGCUGCAAGCGCUUCACGCUGCAUGUGUGACCGAAGCUCCACCUGUGCCCAUUGAUCAGAAGUUUCAGAGUGUCGUGAUCAGCUGUUCCCUGGAAGACCAGAAGAAAAUCAAGCGGCGCCUGGAGACCCUCAUCAGGAACAUGGACAAUGCAGAGAAAACCAUUCGAAUCAUGGAUAAGCAGAAAGUCGAUCGCUCCAGUGUCGCCAAUGGCAUGUAGAGGAUGAGGGGACUCGCAGUGGUGCAUUUUGGAGUGCCACCCAAGUGCCUUUUUUUGGCUUUGAGAAAGACACGGGAUGGCCCAUCACAUGUCACAAAACACAACCAAUAAAGGUCUUCCAUAUUUGCAGGUUUUAUUGCCACUGAAUGCCUCUUGCUCAUAUGCAUAUUGUGGUGUUUCUUCAACUACGGGAACUCUUAUGUACUAGGGCUUUUUUUUAGUGUUUGUUUUAUUAAACUAACUAAUUUCAUUUUUUUUCCUUUUUAUUAUAUGAGGUAUUAUCAUUUAUUUUAGUACUUCUCAAAUGGCUUUUAUGGAUAGAUUUAAACCCAUUUAAUCGGAAAAUAAUAGAAAUAUUUAUUGAAUCCCCACUUUGAAUAUAAUAAUCUAAAUAAGCCAUUUGAAUAUUGUUGUUCAAAUGAUUUAGAUUAAUGUAAUUUUCUGGAUUCAAUACAAGUUUACUCAAUCGAUAGCAUUUGUGGCAUAAUAUUAAUUACAAAAUACAUAAAAAUGGUUAAAUAUCUAGGUUACAGUGAGACACUUUCAAUGGAAGUGAAUGGGGCCAGUUUCUAAACAUUAAAAUAUCCACUGUUUCAAAAGUAUAGCCAUAGGAUGUAAACUUUAUAUGUGUUAACAUGAUUUUAGUGUGAUACAGGGCUUGACAUUAAGCAUUGUCAAUUGAUCAUUCACUUGUCCGAGUAAAAAAGUGAAUUGUCUGGAGACAAAAACAAAAGAAAGGACAUAUGAAAAAAAGAAAAUUCUCCAUCGUCAUCAUUUACACCUGAUAGGGAUUGAGAACACAGUGCAGAAAGACGGUAAAUCAUUACUCACCCUCAAGCCUGAAUGAAUUUUGGCAGAAUGUUAGUCACAGUCACUACUGAAAAGUGAACUGAGACUGAAACUAACAUUCUCACUAACAUCUUUUGAGUUCCACAGAAGACAGAAAGUCAGACGGGUUUAGAACAACAUGAAGGCGAGUAAUGAUGACAGAAUGUUUGGUAACACUUUACAAUAAGGAUCCAUUCAUUAACAUUAGUUAAUGCAUUAGCUGUCAUGAACUAACAAUGAACAAUAUUUACAGCAUUGUUGUUCAUUGUUAGUUCAUUGUGCAUAUACAACUUUUUAUUUUAAUGUAUGAAAAUGUAUUAAUAUACUGUAUGUUGGAAUUCACAUGAAGCAAGAUGAAUAAAUGAUAUAAAAGUGGUGUUUAUUGUUAGUUCAUGUUAACUGAUGUAGUAAACUAACAUUAACAAAUGGAACCUUUUUGUAAAGUGUUGCCAAAUUUUCAUUUUUGUGUAAAUCAUCUCUUUGAGAGUACAAGUCAAUUCUCACCAGCUGCAUUAAAAACAGCUGUUUAAUAUUGACAAUGCAUUGAAAAUGUUAACAGAUAAAAUCCUGAGGGAACCUUACUGCUAAAUCAGUUAUAUUGUAUAUUCAAAACAGAUAAGCAUAUUAAAGCAGAUAAUAUGUUUUCAUUGUGUGUAAUUUAUUAAUGUUAUAGUGUUAAUAUUAUUAUAAUGUAUAUUGUUAUAUACUUAUUAAAAUUGACUGAUUCACAUGGCAGAGAAAAUACCUCGGAUACAUACAUUAGAUGGAGCUCUAGAAAGAUGAGAGAUGUAACAGGUGCAUAAGUCUGUUUUAAGUGUUUGUCUUCACAUGGUAUUAUUACACAAAGCGUUUUUUACCAUUUCUGCCUUUCUUGCUGUUUUAUGAGGGAGUGCCACGAUGUGUCGAGAUAAAAUGAGAUCUCUGAAAUGUUGCACACUUGCGAUGAAGACUGCUUUGUUGAUUAUAAACAGGAGCAACAGUUUUAUCGCGUCGCUCGCUUAUAGAAACGUGGCACAACAUUCGCAUGUCCAAUUAACAGGCUUAUACCCGUUUAUAUAUGUAAAAUCUAAAGUUCAGUAAAUCAGUAAAAGCUGUGAAGGCGAGAGGGUGACGCGAUAGAGGGAAUUACCCACAUUUUGAAAGUGAAACGUGGGAAUUAUUAACAUUUUGCUCAAUCUCCGCAAUCCCACGCGAUUGAGCUAACAUUCAUUAUUGAGAUUUAAUCAGGCCACUUGACUGGUCGGACAAGUAAAAUUCUCUUUAACUUGCCCGUUUAAAACUCCACUUGUCCUGGACAAGCGUUAAUGUCGAGCCCUGUGAUACAGUCGCUAACUAACUUUUUCGGUGUAAAGUUUUUCAAAAUUUUACUACUUCAUUGUCAUGAUGACACAACAUCGGUAAAACCUAUAAGUGAUUGUAUCACAAUAAAAUCAUGUUAACAUUUAUAAUUUUUACGUAUUGUGGCUAUAUUUUGUAAACUGUGUAUUUUAAUGUAUAUGGACUGGACCCAUUAACUUCCAUUGUAAGUGCCUACAUCUUUUAAAUAAACGAAAAUCAAAAGUCGAAGAUAAUUUCUGUAGUAAUUAACGUUGUGCAACAAAUUCUGUCGAUUGAGCUUAACUUGUAGGCCUACACUGUAAAAAAUUAAAUUGCAUUUUAUCCAGCUAAUGCAGGAUUUUGAAACACAGAAACUAGACAUGUGAAUUACUUUGCAUAUACUUAGAAACAUGUUAGACCAACAGUAUUCCCCAAAAUGUUGUCCCAACAAGCCUAAGAGAGUUGUCUGAACUACCAGUUUUAUAUUGAACAAUGUUACUGAUUUGCGAGUUCCCAGCAUGCAUUGCAACAGGAAUAAAUUAUGCGGUCAGGGUUAUAGAGACUUGUGUCUGCAGAACAAAAAUGGCCGUUUUCAAACCGGGACGGGCGUUUUUCAACCACUUUACACGAUUUGCCUACUACUGUACAUUCAGAUUCCCUACUUUCAAUGGAUAGUUCAGAAAUGCCCAUCCUGCUUUGGAAACGCCCACUGAUUACUAAAUUGAGAUUCCCUACAUUCAUUGGACAGUUGAAAAACGCCCAUCCCGGUUUGAAAACGCCCAGAUUGCGAAACACCCAUUAUUGUUCUGCAGAGACCUAUACUUCGGGUUAAAUGCGUAUUUUUGCUGUUUGCUGACUUUAUUUAUGCUGUUAUUAUUAGUCAUUUGUUGUGCGGUGAUGUUUGGAGCUCAUCUUUUAACUUUAUUUCAGGUUUGUUGAUUGUCACAAUUAUUGAGGUUUGUGUAUUGAGAUCUAUUGUGUGUCUGUGUCAAACAGUUGUACAUACUGCCUUGCAAUACACCUCUCUUCAGGGACAAAAAUGGCAGUUAACAUCAUGUAAAAGUAAUUGAAAUACUGACAAAAUUGAAGUUUUCAUUUUGCGAAUUGAAAAUUGGCUCUAGAAAUUAGUUGCAUUUAGUAAACAAAUUCACAAUGACUUAUCAGUCAGCAACGUUACUGAGGACAAUUUUAAGACAGUUGUUGAAAGAACUCAAAGCUGCAUGGCUGACAAAUCUUUAUUUCUUUUUUUUUUUUUUUUUUUUUUUUACAGUGUAUUGAACCUGGAAUAUUCCCUUGAUAUUUACCCAUAUUAUGACUCAGUUGUGUUACUGGACAAAUUAAAUAAACUAGAGAGAGUGUGAAUUUUUUUUUUAAGGGGUUAAUGCUCUAAAAGUCCAGGUCCAAGAGUGCCCUAAAUGAAGAAACACCUGUUUAUUUAUCUUUUACUUCACUACAUUUAACAUUCAGAAAAGCUAUACUGACCAUAAAAAGCUUUUAACAGGUAUUAUUGAUUCCUUUGAAAGUCUCUUUGUGUCCACCGACUCUGAUUUGUUUGUUUUACUUCAACAGUACUUCAGACUGUUCUGAAGCGAUUCUGUUCAGAUCUGCUAACAUUCCAGUUGGAGCCCUGUGAAUAUUAUUUUACUGCCUUGCUGUUCAGUGUAUUUUUAGCACCGCUGCACAUGGUUUGCUUGCCUGCUCUCUACAUUCUAAUUAGACAGCGUUUGGCACUCUGCUUGUUUGGGAAUUUCACAUUUGGGUGUUAGUAUAGUCGUCGUCAUAGCAUAGAAUAAAAUCUGUCAGUAUAGACUGGAAGCAACGUGAGAGUGGAACAUAUACUGCCAUUGAUUUUUUGUGAUACUUGAUUUUUGGAUUUGUAAUAGCUUUUCAAGGAGUCUUAAAAUACUCUUAAUUUUGUUAAUCUGACUAUUAAUCAACCUGAUCUCAUGUUGAACUGGUAAUAAUUCAGAGUUAACCAGAUGGCAAAAUUGUACAAAAACGUGCAACUUUUAUUCCCCUUGAGAACAAUCAUCCAACCAAUGAGCAAAAUUUCAGAUCAACACAUUCCUAAGUGUAACCCCUAACUCAAACUUAACCAUAAUGUCAAACCUUUUACCUAAACCUAACCAGGAGUUUAACUUUGUAUCGUCAAGAAGAGGCCACGUCAUUUCUGCACUUUUCCGUACAAAUAAGUGAAGUGGGGCUGACAUUCCCCCUAAAAUGUACAGUUAAAGAUAUCCAUAUGAUUUAUGCACUAUAUUCCAAGUCCUUAUAUACUGUGAAUAUGGAAUUUCUAGGCCAGAGUCGGAGCCAGGAUAAUUUACCCAAGGGGGCAUUUGAAAUUUCAGAGGGGGCACAGAUUUGCCACUUUACCAUAAGAUUUCACGUUGCUGACAAUUACGUUUUUCGAUGUAAAGUGGCAUGCUAGUGCAGCUCCUAUCUACUUGAAUGGGGAAAGACAGAAAUCUCCAAAAUGGCUGGUCAAGAUUACGAUCAAAGAACAGAUUUCAAAUCAGAAGUAAAAUCUGACAACACUGGAAUCAUAAAUUGUGCUUCUUUACCUCAUAUUACGCAAAAAAACGAAAUUUUCCCAUCUUGUAUAGCUAAUGUGCAUGCGUGCUCGAGUUGAUUGACAGGUGAUGUAUGUAUCUAAAAGGUGAUUAGCUCUUUUACCUGAAAGCGGGACUUCCUUUCUACAUCUGUUGACCGUUGGUGACCAUUGGGCAUUCCAAUUUCUCCCAUUCAUUUUAAUAAAAGUGACCCGUCUCUGCUAAAGAGUCUCUAGACUUGCAAACCACACAAACCUAAAUACCUCCUAAAGUAGCGUGCAUGAUAUAUCUUCACUUCCUGGUGUUGUGAAGCAGAGGCUGCAGCCAGAAGAUGCUUCUUUAUCCCUUGCCUGUACAUGUGUCUGACACUGUGGCAUGUCAGCACUUUAAAAUAUGCCAAAAAUAUGCAAAAUUAACAAAGCGAAAUCCAAAAAAUGUUGUCAAUCAAAUGAUCCUCUGGAGAGCGCACUCCAAAAACAUGCCUAUAUUUCAGAUUUACACAUUUCAAUUUCAUUACAAAAUUCCAUGAAAUUUAAUCUUUAACAAAAUUUAAUGAAUAAAAUUUUUAUAUUUUUAUAAAACUUAAGGUCAAUUUGAUGGAAUUUUGUUAUGAAAUUCGAUCCAUUUAUCAGCCUAAAUAAUGUUUAAAACAACUUCUCUUGUAUUCAAUAACAAAACACAACAGAAAAAGGUAGUAAACCGCUGUACUCACAAUUAGAACAACUGAACGCACUGAGUGCUGGUGUUAAAACUCUUGUCUUGAGGACCACAUCUCUCCACCUAUGUAUGCAUUUUUUAGUUACAUCAUUCAUCCUUAUCCUAGGUAAAAUCAUUUUCUUAAAUCCAUUUCCUUCUUUUAGCCUUUGAGCCUCUGAGCUCUGACUGAAUUACAUGGCAGAAAACAUUUUUCUAAUUAGGAAUUGAGCAGUCAACUGGCCAGACAGCGUAACUCCUGUCACCACCUUCCACCUGAUAUGUUCAAUUACUCACUACAAAUAGUUUAAGGAUUCAUUUGCUUUAUUUAAUUUAUUUUACAAUUUAGUUUAAUAUUUAGGCUUGCAAAAAAAGUAAAACAGAUUUAAAAGAUAAUAACUAAAUUAUAAAAAAAGGGUUAAAAUACAACAUUUUGACAGAGGGGGCACUGCACACUGGUUUAACAAUACGGUUUAAUAACAGUAAGCCAUAAGAGGCCAUGUUUUACAGUAAUUGUACCACAAGGGGCAGUGUUACUCAAAAGUAAUCCACUACAAAUUCUUAAUUCUCUAAAAUAGCAAUCAGAUUACACUACUCAUUAUUUAAUGGGGAAAGUAAUCACAUUUCUAAUUCCUUGACUUUUGAGUCACUUUCUAAAACACUUCUCACAGAAUUUAGUUUUUCCGCUCAAUGAAUUCAAAAUAAUGUUUGCAUUUCCUCCUUGUUAAUUGUCGACCAUGUUUCUCCCUUUCAAGGACUCGUUAGUGACUCUUCAGCUGUAACUGAAACGCAAACAGAUGUACAUAAUUCACAUUUUAAAAGUAAUUACCUUAAUUGAAAGUCAGUAACUGUAAUCUUAAGUAAUUAGAUUAAUAAUACUUUGUAAUCACAUUACAUCCAACACUGGUAAAGGGCGUUGUGGAUUAUAACGUGAAGUGGAUUAUUGCUUUUAUAAAAUAGUGGCAAGAGCAAUACAGCAUCACACCAACUUUCAGUAUGUAGCUGAAUUUAUUAACAUUAAUAAACAAUUCUUCCAUAGUAAUACGCAAGAUAAUUCUGUAGACUGUUUAUGAUCGCCAAGCAGCGUAAUUUAGAAUGUGCAGUCACAUGUCCGCGUUUAUCAACAUUUGACAACCAAUCAGAAUGACCGUAGUCGGAACUACCUGCUUUAAAAUGUUGUAAGAUAACUCUGACGUAAUGCAUGCACAGAUAGAAAAUUCCAGAUUAAAACAAGCAUUCUCAAAAAAUUUUUUAUUUUCCUCACCUGCAGAACUGUGUGGCACACCAGAUAAGACAUCCGUCAAGGAAUGAUCCUAAUCAUAUACGGUGUAAAGUCACACCUCUGCCCUUUAAAGUGGGUGCUGGCAUGUUCUUAACAUUUACUGGAAAGUCAUGUACUGUAUACAUUAGUAAAAUAUUACUGAAAAACUCAAGACAGAACAGUUUUACUACUAGACAUAGAUGUAUCCUUAAUGUAGAUUAUAACCAAACAGUUAUCAGAUAAAUAAAGUGCCUUAGUCCAUUGUAGUGUCGCCAUUGUAUCCAUUCAUUUGCAGCAAAUAUGAAAAAUAACAAUAAUCAGAUACAUCAAGAAUUAAUGAGAGUCAGUUAACAUAAAACUGAACAGCGAUGUAAAUGUGAAGGCCGUCGUGGCAAAGUACCACGGUUCCACAUUCAAACAUAAACAAAAGCAAGGCAUGCGUUUCAUGAAUAAAUACAUUCGAUCAAAAAUGAAAACAAAUGGAACAAGUGAAUUAUGUUUGGAAAGAGAAAAAUAUUUCUCAUUCGACCACAAAACCUGUUGAAAUGGAUUUUUGUCAAAUUCUGAACUGGCAGUGUGGGGUGAACAAUUCUGCAUGGAUGAAUCAAAUUAAAUAGCAGAUUCAUUUGUAAAAUAUUACGCAAUAUAUUCAAUACAUUACACGACUUUCUGAAAUAUUUGAUUCUGUGAUCAAAUCCUUUUGUAUAAUGAGCAAUAAAUUAACUGAUGUCCAAACUGAUUUUCUUACAAAGCUGUGCUAGAAUCAUGUCUCUCAUGUCAGUCCGUGAUCUCUUUUUUCCUCACAUAAUAGACAAACUCAUGAAUCAAUAUUUCAUGUCCAUAUAUUUAUUCAUAUGUUAAGUAUAUGCAGGAUAAUGUUUAGUUAAUCGGUCAAUUAUGUCAUCUUUGUUGCUGAUGGCUUUAGUGGUUAACUUUGGGAGUCUAGUUUUAGUUGUUAUUCCUCUAUAAAUGCAAUAUUUUUUUGCAAAUUGUUUCUCACACACACACACACGCAAUAAUCACUCAAUGUUUACUUGGGCGAUUUACAAAUAUAAAGCCUAAUACUGUUUAGCCCGAGAUUCAACUUAAUCUGUGUUUCUGGUGAUGGGUGAGGUAUCAUUGUUAUCAUUGGUAAUUUUGUUUAACAAAUUUGUUUUUGAAUUAUUUUUUAUAUACAGUACUGUGCAAAAGUCUUAGGCACAUAAGAUGUUUCACAAAAGCAUUUGUCUUAAGAUGACCAUUUACAUCUUCAGCUUUAGUGUGUCAAUAGGAAAUAUAAAUAUCAGACUCCCAAACAUCCCUUUUGCUAAUAGAAAAGAUUAGAAUAGAAGAACAGGGAGCCCUGCAACAGAUGUCAUGGCCCCCACAAAGCCCCCCACUGAACAUCGUGUCAGUCUGAGAUUACAUGAAGAGACAGAAGCAAUUGAGACAGCUGAAAUAGAUAGAAGAACUGUGGUGAAUUCUCCAAGAAGCUUGGAACAUCCUAUCUGUCAUCAACCAAGAAAAACUGUGUCCAGGUGUCAGUAGGAGAAUUGGGGCUAUUUUAAAGGCAAAGGUGGUCACACCGAAUAUUGAUUUAGCUUUUUUAUGUUUACUGGAGUUUGUAUGACGUUAAGUGAUAUAUGAAAACUAUUUAUGGCAUUAUUUUUUAAGACAUCCUAACUAUGCAACAUUUUUCACAAGUGCCUAAAACUUUUGCACAGUACUGUGUAUAUAUAUUAUAAUUUCAUGGUGCUAAGAGUAUAUUGACAGUUAUUGAUUUAAAAUGUGUAUGAGUAUUUACUUCCCAAUAAUGAACUAUUGACUCCAGUAAUUCAUAUUAUGGGCUCGCAAUAAUUUUCACAAGCGCUACACGUAAAGGCUGUGUGCUACGUUUUAUCCAGUAUUUCUAACUAAUUCUACUAAUUCUAAAUGCAACUGUCUUGCCAGCCCAAAGCCCAAGUGGGCGUGGGAGGGAGUGUUUGCACUAUAUGCGAGUUUUCAUUGUGCCAAGACGUUUCAAAAGCAGGGCUGUUUUCAGCACAAAGUUUAAACUCAGUUCCUGCAUUUGCAGUUUUGAGAUUCCACCAGUAGGUGGUAAUAAAGUUAAUGUCCAAACUCUGAAAGUACAGAUAGAGGAACAUCAAAUUAUGCCCUAACGAUCAGAGUUGUAGCUGUAUUAUUAUUAUUUUUUUUUUAGAUUUGUGUUAAACUAUUCUUAGGUCAUGUUUUUUUGUUUUUUUUUUUAAAUUAUUAUUAUUAUGUGUAUAGUUAAAAUUGUAUUUAUGAUCUAAUUUGUAAUGGUAUUUUUCCACCUGUUGUCAUAAAGUGAUUCACUGCAUAAGGGGCCGGUGGAAGAAGAUGGAGAGGGUAUAGUGUUUGUAUUUGGUAUAUGAUUUUUUUUGACCACUUCGUUAUUUUGAUUAUAUUUUUGUUUCGUUUGAAGUGUAAUUUGAAUGUAUAAAUAUUUUUGGUAAAAAACAAAUUCGGGUUUCAAAAAAUACAUUAAAUUCAAAAUUGACCGGUAGAAGUGCGUGCCGAUACAAUCAUUGUUAAUACAAGCUAUGAUUUGUGUGUCAGUAGAUGGAAAUUAUUAAUAAUAUUAAUAAUACUUAUAUUCCCUAUAAUUUAACUGAGCGUACAUCCAAAUUCAGAUUAAAGAAUCACUUUCCAUUAGUAUAAAAAGGUGCGUGUUACUGUCACAGGAAUAUGCCCGACAACCAUCAAGGAUGCAGAUAAUUCAAAAAAAGAAUAUACAGUAAGUCCAUAUUUCUAUUAUUCUAAUUCAUUGCAUACAGUCCAUUCACACUACUGACUUCUUAUGAAUGCUGUCUUUGUUUAUAUCGCUGGUGCUUGACAGGGAAAGGACUGUAUAAUAACUGGAGAAGAACCUCAGAAUUCAAUUGCGCUUAAUCCAGCACAUUGCGUGCCUGGUUUCACCAAACCCGCUCGCACCUAGACUUAGCGCAUGCUUGCACGAAAAUACCAAAACUUCAUGGCCAUGCCCACUGACUUUGUGCUUAUGACUUAUAGCAUAGCGCUAUGCUUAACACUAGCGCUCUUAAAAUAGGGCCCUGCGUAACACAUCAUAUAGAUGCAUAAUUUCAAGAGUGUUUGAUAUUUCAUGAAUGCAAAAAUAUGUCAUUUUUAUAGACAUGUUAGCAAAAUAAUAAUUUGUGUGCAUGAAUGUGCAGCAGUAGAAGGGCCAAGAGCAAUACAGUAUAUGGAAUGUUUGCGCUAUAUUUGCUGUUGAGAUCAAAUGCAACAUUGGGAAUUCUAUUAUGAUAUAAAUGGGUUUUUUAUUUGCCCAUUUAGUUUCCUAAAGAAUGUGUCAUAGAUUGGUUUUGUGAUCCCUCUUUGUGAAAAUGAGAGAAUUAAAACAAAUGUUUUAAUAGUUAA